CUGGAAUACGGAUGAACCUGGAGAAUGGUGAGCUUGGAAACGUUUCAGUGGCAUUGGCACAGAGAUGAUCAUCACCAAGGCAGGCAGGCGGAUGUUUCCACAGUUGAAAGUUUCAGUAACAGGACUGGAUCCUGAGGCAAAGUACCUGCUGCUAGUGGAUGUAGUCCCAGUAGGUGGCUCCCGUUACAAGUGGCAAGGCAAACGGUGGAAGGCCAGUGGCAAGGCUGAAUUACCUCCUCCAGACCGAGUCUACAUCCACCCUGACUCACCUGCAUCAGGUGCCCACUGGAUGCGUCAGCCUGUGUCCUUCCACCGGCUCAAGCUCACCAACAACACACUGGAUCCCCAUGGACAUCUAAUUGUUCACUCCAUGCACCGAUAUCAGCCACGGGUCCAUGUGGUUGGAGCUGGAGGGCGUCGUGGAGCAGGCGGCGGUUGUGCUUCCUUCACCUUUCCUGAGACCCAGUUUCUGACUGUCACAGCCUACCAAAAUCCACAGAUCACCCAAAUGAAGAUAGAGAGCAAUCCUUUUGCAAAAGGAUUUCGGGAGAAUGGCAUGAACAGCAAAAGGGAACGUGAGGCACGAAUCAAGAGGAAGAUGAAAGCAAAUGAAUGCGAGGCCAACGUGGGAGAAAACGAAAGCAAGAAAGGCCCUUGUGAUUCCACUCUGACAGAGGAGACGUCUCUGGACUCACAGCCCCCGCCUGGGCUUUCACAACCCUCCUGCUCCUUCUACCCCCCUGCAGGGACCAAUCCCAGUGGCGCUGAGGCUUAUGUGCAACAUCCAGCUGCAUUCCAUGGUUUACGAGGGGCAUCAUCACCCUACAGCAGCCCAAGCCAAGAAAUGGCAGCUCCUCCAUCUUCUCCCACUGCCAAAUCACCUCCUGAGCAAUCGGAUUUCAGAGCAAUGCUCCCAAGUUGGAAUGGCUUAGAUAUUAUUCCUUUUCUCGGAGGGACAGAGCCACCAGAUGCCUCCUCUUUCCCUCCUUUCAAAUUCAGCUUCACACCCUACCCACCACCCCCUCGUGUCUAUGGCCCUGCUUCUGGCUAUCCUGGCUCACAGCCCCCCAUGCUUUAACUCUUCUUCCUUCACAAAAACUUGGAACCCUGUCUUCCAGGUAUUGAUUGUAAUGUUUCAUGGUGUUUUCCCCUUUUUUAUUAUUGUUCAUAUUGUUCCAGGUAGAGGUAAACUUGUUUGUGUCUUGCUUUAUCUUAUAAUUAAAUCUCUGUAUCAUUCUGUA